UCUCGUUGCUGGUAUCUUUGGUGUACGCGUUGCCUUUGGGAAGACGUAAGAUAAGCUGUAUUGUGCAAUCCGAGUUAUUUACAUUAGUCUAGAAUGAUGUUUCAAUACAAAGAAGAACAUCCUUUUGAGAAAAGGAAAGAAGAAGGCGAGAAAAUUAGACGAAAGUAUCCCGAUAGAGUUCCCGUCAUUGUGGAGAAAGCUCCGAAAUCAAGGCUUGCUGAUCUGGACAAGAAGAAAUAUCUUGUUCCAUCAGAUUUGACAGUGGGCCAGUUCUACUUUCUCAUAAGGAAGAGGAUCCAUCUGAGGCCAGAGGACGCCUUGUUCUUCUUCGUCAACAACGUAAUUCCACCAACUAGUGCAACUAUGGGUUCCCUGUAUCAAGAGCACCACGAAGAGGAUUUCUUUCUGUAUAUUUCGUACAGCGACGAAAAUGUGUAUGGUUGUUGAAUCAUUUUGAUUUGGUUGUCAUUUCACUUAAAUUGCAACGCAAAUAUUAGACAAUCAUUUUGUUUCAGAAUGUGUAUAUAUUCUUCAGAAUAAGUUCUUGUAUUAGCCAUAAAGUCGGUGGUGCAUAUAUUACAAAGUUAAUGAUAAAUGUUUUUGCAUAUUGAAGACACUUUGCUUUCAAGGGAAUGUUCUCAAACACUGUGCACACGUCAUUGCAAUAUUUGAAUUCUUGUUCGUUUGGCAAACACAUAAUGCUAUUGGUAUCAAAUAAAAAUGAAGCUUGCUCUGCUCAGUAUUUCAGAAAUUACGCUGCAUAAACCAUGUGUCAACUUUUAUCAUCAGCUGUUCAUAUUGUAGUUGAGUUUGUUCUAUUACACAAGUUACAAAUGUGUAUUCUGUAACGUUAGCAAAUUGUUGUAGACUCCUGCAUGUUUGGAGCGUUCCUUGUCGUAAAUAAAAAGAUGAUUAUCAUCAACCAAUUGCAGUAAUUUUUGGAACACAUUGUGGCAUUUGAGCAAUUCGUAGUAUAAAUUACACAAAUAUGAAGCAUUUGUUUCACUGGCUAAGCUAGUUCUGUUCUUUGUCUUGUACUGAACCAAGUUUGAUCUGUAAUAUUAUGUAAUUAUGUAUUAUUUUGUUUUGUUUUUGUUUGAUAUGUAGGAUUAAAGUGUUAUAAUACAAGCUGUAAA